GCAAAAUAAGCAAAAAUGAAGAGAGAAGGUCGUCAACACAGCUUCGUUAGGACCGGGAUGAUUCACCAGUCGGGAUUUAAUCCGAGUCCCUCCAAUAAAUUUGUGAAUCGGCUUGAUUCACCACCCGCUUUUGGAGUAUUUACCAAAGUACCAUCAAAGCCUACCAAUCAUUCAAAAUCCACAAGAAAAUUUGACCGUGCCAAGUACAGUAAAUGCCACGUGUCACCGGCUAUGAAGUCUGCCGAUACAUCCAAGGGUGGCCAAAAGUUAAAGUCGACCGAUUGGUGGGUUGAGGGUAAGCUAAACCAGCUGAUCGGGUCGGACUCCUCCUCUGCUAGUGAUAUUUUGGAUACAUCAUGUGGUGAAGAUUAUAGUGGUCAUGUUUAUGAUUAUGAUGAUGAUUAUUAGUGUUCAAAAAGAAAAAUGAUGAUGAUUGUUAAUAAUCUCAUUAAGAAAUUCGAAAGUUGUUAUUUUUCUUAUAUGCUUGACUUAGAGAACAUUUGUAAUACUGGUCACGGAAACAAAAAGAAAACAAAUGUCAUAG